CGAAGGCAAACAAGUUUAUUGCAUAGUAUACUUAACAUGUAAAAUACUUGUGAUGUUGGUAUUGAAAUUUAACUAAAAUGUUUAUUUGAUUAAUAAGUGAGUUCUAACAUGAGAUAUUCAUAUUGCAUUGAAAUUACAAGAAAAAAAUGUGAUGGAGUUAAGACUAUCAAAGUAAUGGCCAAAAGAGAUUUCACUAAUCUUAAUGAGAUAUUGCAGUUGUGUGUCUGCAGGUAUCUUAUCUUUCAUAAGCUGUAAAAUUGUUCAAAGCCGUGUAACAUAAUGUUGGUGGCGACUAUAAAACGGCAGGCUAGUCGUAUUAUGAUGCUCAUUGCGUUCUUAAAUUAUAGAGUGAAAAUGUUAGCAAUGUUUCGUUCAUUCAUUUUGGUACUGUUAGUAUUUGCAGCAGUGGAAGCCGAGGAGCAGCAUGCUUUUCGCUCAUUGGUAUCGCAAAACGAGAUACGUGUGCCUUCCCGUCGCUCGCUAACAUCCUGUGCGACUGGACGUCGGCAGGAUUGUGAGGAUUGCAGUGUUGUUAAAAUUUGUAGCUAUGAUCAGACUCCGCUCACACAGUUUCGCUGCCAGGAUGUGGAUCCAUCGAAACCAUAUUGUACUGGUGCAGGCAUUUGUUCCGAUGUUCCGGACCCAAAUAUCAUAUGCCAAAAGACAAAUGAUUUAUGCCCGAUGAAUUCUGCCGGGUUUUAUCCGAAUCCCUCAAACUGCAGCCGUUAUUUAUACUGCGAUGAUAGCAUGCUAGGUUACGAUCUAAGUUGCGCAGCAGCCAACAAUGUGUACAACCAGACGACCUCAUCUUGCUUUCUUAAACGUCGUACGGCAGAUUGCUUCCAAGUGGAUUGUAGUAAUUCUCGAAACAAGGAUAAGUGGUUCGUUUACGAUCCCUUUCCGCAGCUAUAUUUUGUCUGCUCAUCAAAUGGGCCACUAAUGUUUAAAUGUCCACGUGAAACGGACGUUUUCGAUGUGUCUUUAAAACGGUGUGAGUUCCAGUGUCGUACAGACGGGCAAUUUCCUCAUCCGACCAACGUCAACAUGUAUUACGAGUGUGCAUAUAUCAGUACUACCAAGCUUCAAAAGUUUGAACAAACUUGCCCUCCACUCCUCCAGUUCAGUGCAACUGAUAAAAAAUGUGUCCCGGUAUAAAGAAUGUUGAUGAUGAUACAAUAUUUGUGUUUGGUGGCUUUGAAGAUACAUUGUAUGUGCAUACUUAAAGAUGGCAUAUUUGUGCCGGAACUUUGUAGAAAAAUAGAAUAAAAGUAAACUGUAGUGUGUUUCUACUUUUGUCACAUA